UUUCAUAUUGCAGAGCGGAGACAAAAAAACGUCGCGCCAGUGUUUAUUGUGACGAUAAUCUGUUUAUCCCUCGGGAAUUGGCUCGUAGUGAGCUGCAUCAGCGAAGAUUUCCCACAACCGUAAAUAACUUGGAUCGAAUCAGCAAACACAGUGACUACCGCUUACGAAUGCUAAAGUUUCCAGUUGGAUCAGGCCGAGCUCGUUUUGUGGCGCAGCAAUUGAAGAGGAGAAAGUUAAGGGAGCAGAGAAUGAAGACUGAGGAGAAAAGAAAGCUGCUUGAAGACAAAAAAUCGCAAAUGAAAGCGGAAACCCAAAUAAUGCCUAAUUUGAAUCAAGAGAAAUUGCCCAGCGAUGAAGAGUGUUGCAUAAUUUUGGAGGAAAUCGUUGUGUCAGAGACCGAAGAGGAUGGCACCGAUGAGCUGAUAGAGCGCGUGUCAAAACGUCAAUUGAAGCGAUCCUCCAGCUUGGACUUAAGUCGUAGCAGUGCCAAGGAGCUGCUGGCGGAUAAACAAGAUCAGCAACAAUUGCCGCUGUUCCGUUGGCACAAUCCGGACUGCAGCGAUAACAGCCGAAAGAUGGGAAUCCUGGAGGAUAUAAGUCUGUCUGCUAGCGUUGAUAUUCAAGUGGGCUUCAGCGAAAUGCCUAACACAUCAAGUGAGACAGCUUCUCAGCAACAACCACAGCAACAUCAACAAGUUAUUGUGGAGGUGGUGGCUGCUGAAUUGCAGCCACAGAAGCAGCCAUCGCCUCGUCCAUGUGCCGAGGUCGUUGAGCAAUCACAGCAAGUAGUAGAAGUACAGCACUUGGAGGUACAACGUCAGCAAGACCAACAGCGGCUACAGCAGCAACACCAACAGCAGCAGCAUCCUCAACAACAAUAUCAGCCACAUAUUGCUGCUGCAGCAAAACGACUGCCAGCAGCAACAACAGCCAAUUCACGCGAUAUGGAGCCACUUCGUCAGCAACUUAUGCAUCGCAUCAUCUUGCCACAACUACAAACUGAAGACUUGCCGGAAUCUAGCAUCGUUAACAACAAUGCUGUUAGUCUAAUGAAUCAAAAUCUGCAGCCACAUUUUAUAGAUAGUUCGAUGGGUGACAGUGAAUGGACGCAGCUUCAGUACGAUAAAUAUGCACUUGUUCUGAGUUCUCAACAUCAGCAACAAAACCAGCAGCAGCAACAUCAAAAACAACAACAACACCAGCAGCAAAAUCAACAACAUCAACAACAGCAACAGCGACAGCAACAGUUAGUUCCUUUGUGGCAGCAACAGCAGCCAUCGUAUCAAAUGUCCCAUCAAGAGCAUCAACAUUUGGAGGCGGGACGAGAAGAGUUGCAGCAAUUGAAUGCACAAUAUCAGCGCUUAAAGUGCCAGGAGGAGGAGAAAUUAAAGUGUUUAAAUAAUACACUCAAAGAAGUCUAUGCGGAUCGAUUGCUAAGCGAGCGGCAACACGCCGAUUUACAUCGUUUGUUUAUGCACAAAAUGGUCGAGAGUAAAAAACAUGAGGAUAGUUUGCAUGCUCAAAGGGAUCAACUGAAGAGACAGCUAAAAGAGGACUUAGACAGCUUAGAACAGCGCAUUGCUGAGAAGCAACGACAGUUGCAAGAGCGCUCCAGAUCGUGGCAAUGGCAGCAGCAUCCUCAACAACAAUAUCAUCACCAUCAUCAACAUCCUAACCAACAGCAGCAUCAACAACAGCGACAACUGCAGUAUCAGCAGCAGCAACAGCUUCAGCUCACUUAUAGUCAGCAGCAACACCAACAUCAGCAGCAGCAGCAACAUCAAUAUUAUUUGCGUCAGCUGCAACCUCCUCCGUAUCAACCACGUUUGCAGUGCUUUCAGGAUGCCUUCUCGCAAUACGCCGAGUCGCAGCUGGUAGAUUCCAAUAACACACUGAUGCCACCGCCACCGCCACCGCUACCGCCCCCACCAGUGACGACAACAACACUAGCAUCACUGCGACCAACGCCAAUGCAACCACCACCACCAGUUGCAUAUCGCACUGACAUCAGGCAACAACCUCCUCGCAGUGGGCGCAUGAUGAGACGUCGCCACACCAUCGAUCAUAGAGCCAAUAAUAUGAUGUUAUAUCCACCAUAUGCAACACCAGCUGCUCCACCAAGAGACGCACUUCACCGGACAAAUGUCACUGCAGCAACUACAGCACACUUUUCGCGACCUGACACAUCUACAACAGUUGCCAACGAGAGAAACCAUGUGAAUCAGGCAAUUGAACAAACUGCAAUUACGUCCAUCAUCAGCAAUUAUGUCACAAACUAUUUGAAUGACAUGGAAUCAAGAAAUCCAUAAAAUGUAUUAUAUUAUACAUAGUUUUAUAUUAUAUGUAUGUAUAUCUUGUGAUUUGCAAUUUUUAAAGUGCCUUUGCUAUUUCCGAAUGGGUAAUAUUACCUUCAGAUAAAUUCACAAUCAAAAUUAAAUUUAUUCCAUGUUUUUAUAAUAGUAUUUCAAAUGUGUAUGGUAUUACUACUACUCAUAUACAUAAGUAAGUUUUCGACAUCUAUUUCAAAUAG